AGGUACCUGGUGGACAGCCGUUGGUUCAAGCAGUGGAAGAAGUACGUGGGCUUCGACAGCUGGGACAUGUUUGGAGCGGGCGAUCCCGGGCUCUUUCCGGGGCCUAUCGACAACUCGGGUCUGUUCGGCGAUCCAGAAACUCAAAUUUUAAAAGAACACCUCAUUGAUGAGCUAGAUUACGUAUUGGUUCCCACUGAAGCCUGGAAUAAACUAGUAACGUGGUACGGCUGCAUAGAUGGACAGCAGCCUAUUGUGAGAAAAGUAGUGGAAUAUGGUCUGUUUGUGAAGCACUAUAAGGUGGAAGUUUAUCUUCUUGAGCUGAAGUUGUGCGAGAGCAGUGAUCCUGACAAUGUAAUCAGCUGCCACUUUAGCAAAGCGGAUACUGUUGCUACCAUCGAGAAAGAAAUGAGAAAACUGUUUAAUAUCCCAGAUGAGAAGGAAUCCAGGUUAUGGAACAGAUAUAUGAGUAACACUUACGAGCAGCUCAGCAAGCUGGAUAGCACAGUGCAGGAUGCAGGGCUCUAUCAGGGUCAGGUUGUUUUAAUAGAAGUGAAAAAUGAGGAUGGCACAUGGCCUGGACAGCAGUUCCUGGCAAAAUCAAGCACUGCAACUAGCAGAAACUUUACUACCUCUUCAAAAUCAUCAGCAAGUUCUUAUUCCUCAGUGUCUGCCACUUCUGUCAUUACUAACGGUGAUAGCAGUAACUCCUAUGGAUUGAACAGCUCCCACCUGGGCAGGGGAGGAUCUGGAUUUGUCUGUAACUCUUACAGCUGCAGGGACAAUGCUUCCCUGUCACAACCUGGACUCUGUGGACUCAGUAACCUUGGAAAUACCUGCUUCAUGAAUUCUGCAUUACAGUGUCUGAGCAAUACCCCUCCUCUGACUGACUAUUUCCUGGAAGAUAAGUAUGAAGCCGAAAUAAAUCAGAACAAUCCGCUGGGGAUGAGAGGAGAAAUCGCAGAAGCCUAUGCAGAGCUCAUUAAACAGAUUUGGUCUGGGAGACAGUCUUAUGUGGCCCCACGUAUGUUUAAAACGCAGGUUGGCCGAUUUGCUCCUCAGUUUUCAGGAUACCAGCAGCAAGAUUCGCAGGAGCUCUUGGCUUUUCUUCUAGAUGGUUUGCAUGAGGAUUUGAACAGAGUGAAGAAGAAGCCCUACUUGGAGCUGAAGGACGCCAAUGGCAGACCUGAUUCGGAGGUGGCAAAGGAGGCCUGGGAGAAUCAUAGGCUGAGGAAUGAUUCUAUCAUUGUGGAUAUUUUUCACGGUCUUUUCAAAUCUACCCUUGUUUGUCCCAAAUGCUCCAAAGUUUCUGUGACAUUUGAUCCCUUCUGUUAUUUAACCCUUCCACUGCCCUUGAGGAGAGAUCGACUCAUGGAAGUUACGCUGGUGUAUGCAGACCCACAGCGCAGACCUGUGCAGUACCGGGUUGUGGUGCCGAUGAUGGGGGCCAUCUCAGAUCUGUGUGAAUCACUGUCCAGACUCUCUGGUGUUUCUGCAGAAAAUAUGGUGGUGACAGACGUAUAUAAUCAUCGAUUCCACAAAAUUUUCCAAAUGGAUGAAGGUUUAAAUCAUAUCAUGCCAAAGGACGACAUCUUUGUGUAUGAAGUUUGCAAGCCAAGUGAGGAUGGCUCGGAGUACAUUACUCUCUCUGUUUACUUUCGGGAAAAGACGAUGAGACAAUCCAGCAAUACUUCAGGGACCGUGCUCUUUGGUCAGCCUCUGUUAAUAUCUGUGCCGAAACACAAGCUCACUGUGGAUCACUUGUACAGUGUGAUUUUGGAGCAGAUCAGCCGCUAUGUGAAACUCCCUUUGGCGGAAGAGUACUCUUCACCCUGCCCAGACAAAGGAACUUGCAGUCGCUCCAAUGGUGUGGUUGAAGGUGACAUUGAAGAGAUGGAGCAUCAGGAUGGUGGACAGGAAGGCAAGGAAAAAGUGGCAGAAGUUGAUCCCUGCCACUCUGAGGGUUGUAUGCAGAUUGAGUCAGCAAGAGACCCGCAGCCUUGCAAAAAGCCGCAUUUCACUUUUAGUCUUGUGAAUUCCUCUGGGACCUCUGAGAUAAACUCCAUUGUAGAAGGAAAACUCUUAAAACUGAAUGCUUUUUCUGCACUUGCUAUUGAUUGGGAUUCUGAUACUCGGAGGCUGCUUUAUGAUGAACAGGAGGCACAGGCGUUUGAAAAACAUGGAAGUAUGGCACAACCACAGAAGAAGAAGGCUGUCGUAGCCCUCAGAGACUGCAUAGAGCUCUUCACUACUAUGGAAACGCUUGGUGAACAUGACCCGUGGUACUGCCCUAACUGUAAGAAACAUCAACAGGCCACAAAGAAGUUUGACUUGUGGUCUUUGCCCAGGAUUUUGGUAGUGCAUUUAAAACGCUUCUCAUACAGCAGAUACUGGAGGGAUAAACUUGACACUGUUGUGGAAUUCCCUAUCAGGGGUUUAAACAUGUCCGAGUUCGUCUGUGACCCAAGAGCAGGCUCAUACGUGUAUGACCUCAUUGCAGUUUCCAAUCACUAUGGAGCCAUGGGAGUAGGCCACUACACUGCCUACGCAAAGAACAAAGUGAAUGACAAGUGGUACUACUUCGAUGACAGCAGUGUAUCCGUGGCUUCAGAAGACCAAAUAGUGACAAAAGCUGCGUAUGUGCUCUUUUAUCAGCGCCGAAACAAUGAGGAACAUACUGCCCCAUCUCCUCCCCAGGAAGAGUGUGACGGCAUGGAUACCAACUAAGCAUCACCUCCAGCACUCAGCUGCCACGUUAGUGGUCACUCUUCUAAAGCCAUGCCUGAGGCAUCUGACAAUUUUUCUUCCUUGUGUAGGAGUUGAGCAGAAAAUCUAGCACUGAAAGAUUCAGUGCUGGGGGUUGCAGAAUAGCACUGGAGAGCCAGGAGUAGGUGCUGACACUUGGGUAUUUAGAGGCCAAAAAUAAUAUAUAUUGGAGCUUCAAUAAAGUUCUUUUUAAAAUCUG